AUGGCCCAUAUAACCAUCAUACAUAAGAAUCUGGGCUUAAUAAAAUGCCUAAAUCAAAACAACAAUCCCUUCAUCAAACUACCAGGCCUUCCAUACGGCACCAUCCCCCACCGCUUCGCGCGCGCAAAGCUCUGUCCAAACCUCUCAGACAGCAACAGUGAAAGAUACAAAGAUGGCGUUUUUGAUGCCACAACCCCGGGACCCUCGAGUAUUCAACCAUGGGGUAGCGUGAAAUCCGACGCUGCAAACAUCCCACUUCCAACAGACAACUUCCCAGAAGAUGAAGCCCAAUCGGAGGAUUGCCUGAAUCUCUCUAUACACCUACCCAGGACUCUCAUAAAUGAUAGCGCGGAAAUACGCUCUGCGGCCAAAUUACCAGUCUUCGUCUUCAUCCAUGGAGGUGCGUAUUUUCUCGGCUCAGCAAACCGACCAUACUACAACCCGGAGAACCUCGUCCGCCACGCCAUACAACGCAGCACACCCAUCAUAUUUGUUGCAAUCAACUAUCGCCUCGGCGCGCUUGGGUUCUUGCACUCGAAAUAUGCGGGGAAUCUGGUCCCGGAGAACAACGGCAUCCACGAUCAGGUUCUCGCAUUCGAGUGGCUACGAAUGCACAUUGGUGACUUUGGCGGAGAUGUUGAUAAUAUUACCGCUAUCGGGCAGAGCGCAGGGGCUGAAAGUGUUUCUGUGCAGACUAUGCACACACCGCUGUUCAAGCGCGCUGUUAUGUUUUCUGGGACGCCCGUUACGAUGCCUGCCAUGACGCCGGAUGAGCACCAUGAUAAUUUUCUUGCGCAGGCGAAGAAACUGGGUAUCCCUGUCGUUGACGAGGCUAAUGGUAGUAAGAGAGACGCAAAACUCAUUGCAAAUGAUAUGAUAAAUGCCGAUGUGUCCAAAAUUAGAGACCUCGCCUGGGUCGGUCUACCAUGUACGAACAGUACAUACUUUCCCUUUGAGCAACCAAGUAUGCAACUGGUAAGAGAAGGCAAACUGGCUCCUCCAAACUGGCGUGAAUGGGCGAAACCCGUCGAAGCACAGAUUAUCGGGUCGACUACGUAUGACGGCGGAAUAUCCUACAACAUGAUGAGCAAAGACGGUAGUAGAAGCGGCCACGCUGAAGCCUUCGCUUGCAUCGCUCAAGGUGUUUUAGGUUCUAAAAACGGCGCAGCACUCUUAGACCUAUAUGGUAUCAGCUCCGCAGCCAACGAUGCAGACGCUCUCCAGCGCAUCUGUUUGUUCGAAAGCGACAUUGGCUUCUUUGCCGCAGCACUGAGUCUCGCCCAAGCAGACCUCGUGCCCGCUACCUAUUUCCACGUCUUCGACCUUGGCAACCCGUUCGAAGGCCCAAUACGCAACCAUGGAUCAUUUUCAACGCAUACUUUUGACAUUGCUACCUUGCUUGGUGGAGACUAUGAGGACAAACUACCCCCGCACUAUGCACCCGUGCUUUCGCAGUGGCGCAAUCGUAUUCUCGACUUUGUGGUUGAUGGAACGCCGCCAUGUGCGAGAUAUACAAGCGGUGCUGUGGGGAAAGGUCUCAUCGUUGACGAGAAAGGCGUAAGAGAAGUUGGCGGUGAAGCAUGGCUCGACGGCCACGACGGGAGACGAGCAAGGUUGUUCGAGCUGGCGGCUAGUAUUGAUUCUGACGUUGGAUGCGAUACCCUCUGGCUGGAGGUCUGUCGACGCUUUUUGAUGUACGGCAAGUAA